AUGACUAUUAUAUCCACCCUGCUCGUGUUGUCCCAAUGCGAGGAUGAAUCACUCUCCCAAUUUGUGGCACGUUUUGCCAUUGAAAUUCAAGGAUUCACAGAUGCUCACCCUUCUUUGAUCAUGCAGGUGUUUUUGAUGGGCUUGAGACCCUCGAGGUUCUUAUGGUCACUAAUUGAGAAGCCACCCGCGACCAUCCCCGAGAUGCUACAAUGUGCCAACCAGUACAUCACCGCUGAAGCCCUAAUGGCAAGGAGGUGCGAGGAUAAUAAGAGGCCGAGGAUGGAGCAAGCCCGAGGAUCAGCUUCGGCACCAUCAGCGCAGCCUCGUAAGCGGCCCGACCAACCCAAGCCACCACUCCCGAGGACCCUGCCUCUGCCUCUGAACACGUCUAGUACCGAGAUCUUUCUCCAAAUCAGGGAGAAAGGUCUCUUACGACAACCCAAUCCUUUGAAGACUACUCACAAGGAUCGAUCUAAAUAUUGCAAGUUUCAUUGGGACUACAACCAUGACAUGGAAGACUACCACGAUCUCCAAAAUCAAAUCGAGGAACUGAUCCGAAGAGGUCACCUCGGGCACUACCUUAAGGAACCAGAAGUCACUUCAUGCCCCAAGGGUCCUGUUGAGAGGCAGAUCGACGUCAUUACCGUUGGACCAGCUACCGGUGACAGCAGUUCAACAGCAAGGAAGGCCUACGCCCGUAGCACGGUGGAAAAAUGCCAUUGA